UUUACGUUUACCUCUCUUCUGUUAGUUUAGACUUACGUACAUUUUACUUAUUCAUCUUUUUUGAAUCCACCUAUUUUUUUACUUUUGCCUAUUAUCGAAAAAGGUUUUAUUUUUAUAAACUUUAGUUCAUGUUUUGUUCAUCAUUGGACUGGAAUACAUACUCCAAAUACGACACUAUAGAGCAGCAGCAUUCCCUCAAAGUCAAAAAGAAGCUACUUAUUGAAUCCACUUCUUAAUUGUUUUUUUUAUUACUCAUUUAUCCUAUUAUUAUAUUCUUUUUAUAUUAUUAUAUAACUCCCUCUUCUCUCACUCUUUUUUUAUUAUUAUUUUUCUCUCUUUAUUAUUCUUUUCUUUUUUAUUAUCUCAAAUCUAUUCUGACUCUUUUUUACCUACCCAACUCUUUACUCUAUUAUCAUGGCUACUAUUAAUGUUAGACGUGAUGUCAAGGAUUCUUUCUAUCGUUACAAGAUGCCUCGUCUUGUCUCCAAGGUUGAAGGAAAAGGCAAUGGUAUCAAGACUGUAGUACCCAACAUGACUGAAAUUGCUCGAGCAUUAUCUCGUCCUCCUGCAUAUCCUACGAAAUAUUUUGGUUGUGAACUUGGUGCUCAAGUCAAAUGUGAUGACAAGAAUGAACGUUAUAUUGUAAAUGGUGAACAUGAUGCUGAAAAGUUACAAACCAUCUUGGAUGGAUUUAUCUCAAAGUUUGUUCUUUGUGCUUCUUGCCGUAAUCCAGAAACUGAUAUUCUUAUCAAAAAUGAUGAUAUUUUGAUGGAUUGUAAAGCAUGUGGUGCUCAAAACGUGGCUGAUAUGCGACACAAGCUUUCAACCUAUAUUGUUAAGAAUCCUCCUGCACAAGCAUCCAAGAAUCAACGCAGACAACGCAAAGCAGCUACUGCUCAAGCCAACGGUGAAGGACAUGGACCUGGAGGUGGAUUUGUUGAAGAUGAAGAAGCUUCUGAUGAUGACAUUAUUUCCCAACGUAUCAAUAAAGAAGCUGCUGGUCUCAAUAUGGAAAGCAAAUUGGUUCAAGAAGAUUGGUCUGAAGAUACUAGUGAAGCUGCUGUCGCUCAACGUAUGAAGGAACUUGCCGUAAAAGGUGUCGGUGCUUUUGGUACUGAAGACGAUGAUGAAGGGGAAAAUAAGUAUGAUCUUUUUGGUGCUUGGUUGGAAGAACAAGAAAAUCCUGCUGAUGAUGAUAUUAUUGCCAAAGCUGAAGAACUUGGUGUAUAUGGAAAGUACAAAGCUUGUCAAGUGUUAGUCCAAUGUAUCUUUGAUGAAUCCAUUGCUACUCAAAUCCCCAAACGUGUCAAAUUGUUGCGCAAGUUUAUCACUGAAGAAAAACAUCAAAAGGCUGCUCUAGGUGGUAUGGAACGAUUGGUUGGUUUGGAAUAUAAGGAUGUCUUGUUGAAGAAGGUACCUACUAUCCUUAUGAAACUUUACGAAGCCGAUGUCAUUGAAGAUGAUGUGUUCAUCAAAUGGGGUGAAAAGCCAAGUAAGAGAUAUGUGGACAAGGAUAUUUCGAAGGAAGUCAAAAAAGCUGCCAAACCCUUCUUGGAAUGGAUCGCCACUGCCUCUGAAGAGGAAUCUGAAGAAGAAUCCGAUUAGUUUUUUUUUAUUUUUUUAUUUUUAUUAUUAUUUUAUUCUUUAGUUUACCUCACUUGAUUGAUAGCGUAGCUUAUAUAUUAUUUAUCUUGAAAAUGAAAUAAAAUAUUUUUUUUUUACUGG